CAGAUUGGCUGAGUGGUGGCUGAGGACCAGUAGGCAGCUUCCAAGAUGGGUGAAAGGAAAGGUGUAAACAAGUACUACCCUCCAGAUUUCAACCCUACAAAGCAUGGCUCACUCAACAGAUACCAUAACAGCCACCCGCUUCGGGAGCGGGCUCGGAAGCUGUCCCAGGGCAUCCUCAUCAUCAGAUUUGAGAUGCCCUAUAACAUCUGGUGUGACGGCUGCAAGAACCACAUCGGCAUGGGUGUUCGUUACAAUGCAGAAAAGAAGAAGGUUGGCAAUUACUACGCGACCCCGAUCUACAGGUUCCGAAUGAAAUGCCACCUCUGCGUCAACUACAUCGAGAUGCAGACAGACCCCGCCAACUGCGACUACGUGAUCGUGAGCGGCGCCCAGCGCAAGGAGGAGCGCUGGGACAUGGCAGACAAUGAGCAGGUGCUGACGACAGAGCACGAGAAGAAGCAGAAGCUGGAGACAGAUGCCAUGUUCCGACUGGAGCACGGUGAGGCUGACCGGAGCACGCUCAAGAAGGCCCUCCCCACCUUGAGCCACAUCCAGGAGGCUCAGAGCGCCUGGAAGGAUGACUUCGCCCUCAACAGCAUGCUGCGGAAAAGGUUCCGGGAAAAGAAAAAAGCCAUGCAGGAAGAGGAAGAGAGGGACCAGGCCCUGCAGGCCAAGGCAAGCCUGGACAUCCCGCUGGUGCCGGAGACGGAGGAUGACCGCAGGCUGGCCGCCCUGCUCAAGUUCCACACGCUAGACUCAUAUGAGGACAAGCAGAAACUCAAGCGGACAGAGAUCAUCAGCCGCUCCUGGUUCCCCUCCAGCCCGGGACCUGGCGCCAGCAGCAGCAAAGCCAGCAGUGUCCUGAAGAAGCUGUCCCAGAACCGCAGAUCUGCUCCCACUGGCUCCCCCGUCACCGUGGGGCACCUGGGCAUUGUGCGGCGGCGGUCCCGGGAGGUCCCGGAGAGCCCUCAGCACACAGCUGAGACCCCCAAGUCUGGGGAGCCACGGGUGCCAGAGGGGACCGCCCAGGACAGGCCCACAUCCCCCAGAGACUGUUGUCAGGAGACAGCCGAGACCUGCAAGAACAGUAGGCCACCGGGGCAGGAGGAGAGCUGUCGGGACAGGCCCCGGCCCCUGCCAGGCUCCUCCCGGGAGGCAGCCAGUCCCCGGGACACACCCCAGCCCUGCAGCCUCAGCUCCUCCCUCGUGGCUGACUACUCCGGUUCGGAGAGUGAGUGACUCUGGGCGCCAGAUUCACUCAGGAGGCCAAGACCCACCGAGGAGGCCCCUCACAGGCUGCAGCCCUUUAACCCACAGCCUUGGAGAGCUCAGUGACCACCCCCCCCAGACCUCACCCCCUCACAGUAAUGGAGUUGUUAUUUAUUUGGUCCUGGAGAGGGUGCCUGUGCCUUGUGGGACCCCCGACCUCCCAGCAUUAAAACCCUGCUUCUUU